AUGAUCCACACCCUCCCCCUCAGCUCCUCCUGCAGGGGCAGCCACCUGACGGAUAUAUCCAUAUGCCGGGAUUUGCCCAACAUCGAGGUGAUCACGUUCAGCGUGAACGGCAUCUCGGACCUGGAGCCGCUGCACCGGUGCCAGAAGCUGAGCGAGCUGUACCUGAGGAAGAACAACAUCGCCAGCCUGGAUGAGCUGUUCUACCUGAAGACGCUGCCGCGGCUGCGGGUGCUGUGGCUGGCGGAGAACCCCUGCUGCGGGCCCGACCCCCACCGCUACCGCAUGACCGUGCUGCGCAACCUGCCCAGCCUGCAGAAGCUCGACAACCAGGCUGUGACAGAGGAGGAGCUGUCGCAGGCGCUGGUGGAUGGCGUGGAGAUCACGGCCCCGCCGGCCCGCAGCAGUGUGGAGAACGGCUGGUCCGAGUCCAGCGCGUCCAGCGCCGCCGGAUCCACCACGGAGCUGCUCAGCUGCAGCCUGGAGGGGACAAUCAAAACUCAGGAGGAGCUUGAUAUGAAGCAUGUUCCCAGGGAUAAAUAUUCUUCCUUUUCCUCUCAAGAGACAGAUUGCAGCUGCAAGAAGAGAAACAAUGUCCUGAAUGCCAUCCUGCUGCUCAUGAAGGAACUGGACGCAGAGGGGCUGGAGAUCAUCCAGCAGACGGUGGCCAGGAGGCUCCAGAAGAAGGAGCUGCAGGAAGAGUGACAACGCCCAUCCCGUUCCAGGCUCCCUGCAGCCCCAGCCCCGCGGCGCUGUCCUGCCCACACAUCCCUGGCUGCAGCCAAAGCCUCCAUGCUCCCCACUCUGCCUCCCAUGCCAGGGCAUGGGAUGGGGUGGGAUGCUCCUUCUCCAGAGAUUUCCUGCUUGUGCAGCAGGCUCUGACACUGUGUCCUGUGUGGCUGGGGCUCUUGGAUGGGAGCUGCAGGCAAGUCAGGAAAGCAGCAAGGAAGAGGGCUGCAGCCAGAGGUGCUGUGUGAUCUGAGGGGGAGCAGAGCCUGCUGCUGGCUGGAAAGGUCUCUGCCCCUCAGCCAGCCUGGGAGUGCACAGCACCUCUGAGGGCAGCUUGUACCACAGGGUUUUGGUUUGGUAAAGCCUGACAGGGAGAUAUUGCCUGAGAUGGUCACUGGCUGAUGCAGGUGGUGAAGGUCAGUGUCCCGUUAUUAAUUUAUUUUCCAGCUCUGGCUGACUUCCCCAGGUCCUUCCUGGUGCACACAGUGCCUGCUGUGGUGGUCAGGCAGCCCGAGGAAAGCUCAGAGCAGCUUAGGUGAACCAGAAAUGACUCCCACAUCCUGAAUGCUCAGCUGUCCUCUCACCCCAACAUUCCCUGCAGGCAUUAGAGCAGCUUAAGGAAACAUUCCAAUUAAAAGGCCCUGAGCAUUCUGCCUGUUUUGCACGGCCAUCAGGGGUGGGUGUUGCUCUUUAACUGAUAAAACUGCAUUUUCCAAGUUUUAUAGAGCUGUUAAGUGCAAACUAAACUGUUGUGACAUACCAAAUAAACCCAAUUAUCCUUCAA